CACGCGCGGGUUGAUGUUUCGUCUCUCACUAAGUUACUGCUAUCCUCCCAAGUGUAAAAAACUCGGCGUAAUCUCAAUCUCGUAUAUGCACCUGUUUGCCGUAUUUCUAACUUUCCAACUGCUGAGCGGCGACUAUGCACGUGGCGAUGGGAAACAUGGUCGAGCCAAUACACUCGCCUACAUACUCGUGGAUAACGCUCACUCGGCCGAGGCGCUCGAAAUCGUGAGCGACAACGUCGACGGCAGCGGAAAGCGAAACGACUCGACAGAACGGCGGAGAUUGAAAGUGGUCAACGCGCAGACAAGAGAUGACGCUUGUCGUGUCGUCGGUCGACACCCGGUCGUACACUUGACGCGACUGUGUCUGCCGUCUCAUGCUGCUCACGAUCGCAUACCGAUCGUGUCUACCCCGUGUGAACGGAAGAUGAACUUUCAGUGUUCACAUUCACACUCCCACUUGAGUUUCGCUUCAGGUGACGGCCUGGAUGCAGCUGUCGUUGCGGCCGUCGCCAGAAGUCGCAACUGGACGUCGACAGUGUAUGUUGGAGAUUCCAACGAAGAUACUUCGUUUGUCGAUCGACUUAUGCAUUUGAAUUCGCCGUUUCGUAUUUCCGAGUUUGUUUUCGUGAAGAAGGAGACGGAUGUCGAGAUUGUUUAUGCUGGGAUUGUCGAGAGUGGUGGAGAUUUCGUGCUGGUUCAUUGUCACACUCUCGCGUGUUAUCGAGUGGCGAAGAAGUUGUUUCGUAUGCGGGAUGAAAGAGAAAAUGGAGACUUGCGGCGACCGUGGCUUAUGACUGGAUAUUUAUCGGACCAGACUCGAGCUGCUUCUUCUAUUGUUUCUCGCACAACAUACGGGUUCCAGAAAGCUAUCCCUAACACUCCAGAUGUUACCCAACUUCUUCACACGGUACCAUCACUCCAGUUGUCCCAACCUCUGCCUACUAAUUUCCAGCAACAACUGCAAGUGCUUGACUUCCAUGACUCACUACUGGCUCUCUUUCACAUCCUAGAAAACAAGAACAAGCGCAAUCUCACUACACCAGAGUCUUUGCGUCAUACAGUCAACAAGCACAAUCUGCGUGGCAUUGGUGGGCCAAUCGAAUUCGAUAUUUACUCAGAGAGAACGUUCCCUUUCAUCUACAAUAUCUUGGACAUCAGUCCCUUUCGCACCACUACAGUUGGAGUUUAUGACGUCACUACCGGUUGGAUGCGUGAAAUGUCGCCUGUGAGUGUCGAGAGCAGCAGAAAACUCAAUCGUCGUUAUCGAUCAGCGGCAAAGCAAUGUACUCCAGCAAACGGCGUAUUUAGAGCUACAACCAUGAUAGAACCGCCAUUUGUCAUAUACGAUCCAAACAACACUUACCCGGAUGAGGCUCACAAUAGCGAUUUUGUUGGAAUCGUAGUCGACAUGAUGAAUUGGAUUGCCAAAGAGAUGCAGUUUACCUACACCAUGUCCGUGCCUCCAGAUAAAAAGUAUGGGUUGGUGAACAAGUCGGGUGAAGGAAACGGAAUGGUCGGCCAAGUAAUGAGAUGUGAAGUUGACCUCAUAGCGGCGGCUAUAGAAAUUAGACAAAGUCGCGCAAAGUAUAUUCAUUUCACAGAGCCUUAUAUCGACGUCGGCAAGAGCUUGCUUGCAUACAAGAACGAACCCGACAAGUCGAAAAUGUGGUCGUUUCUCGAACCGUUCGACGUUUCUACGAGAGCUAUGAUCGUCGGUGUCACCGUCUUCGUCUGCAUUUCCUUUCUCUUGACGAAAAGAUGGAGUCCACAGAUAAAGAACGAGAACACAGAUGAUAUGGAGUCGACCCGUUGGGGCCAAUCGAUGUCUAAGGAAGUCACCAAUUCGCUUUGGAUAUUCUACACUUCAGCCAUGCAGCAGGGCCCGGAAACGAUCCCCUCCCUCUCGGGCAGCGUCCUCGUCGCCGGUUGGUUCUUCUUCUGCCUCGUCAUCGUCGCCACCUACACGGCCAACCUGGCCGCCUUCCUCACGUCAAAAAGUUUCACCACGCAUAUCAACUCGAUUCACGACCUCGCAGCGCAGACAGAAAUAGUAUACGGGACAGUGAGAGACACAUCGAUAGUCGACUUCUUAGAAACUUCCACACUUCCGGUGCACAGACGUCUGUACAAUUUUAUUAGCACAACCGACCACACGUUGGUAGAAACCGCCGAGGAGGCAAUCGAGCGAGUGCACGAACGAACGAAGGGAGAGUUCAUUUUUAUCUGGGAUGAACCGAUUCUCGAGUACAUCGCCUCCAAUCGCCCGUGCAAAAGUCAGGUGAUCGGAAAGAGAUUUAGCAUGCACGCCUACGCUCUGGCAAUGCCCAAAGGGAUGCCGUACGCGGAAAACUUUUCGCUGGCGAUUCUGAAACUGAGGGAGUCCGGGUAUUUUGACGAGCUGACGGACAAGUGGCUGGGAGCGGGCGAGUGCGACUCGUACCGAGCGUCGAUGGAUGAGACCGACGUCAAGCAACUGACGAUUGUCGAUUUGCAGGGAGUGUUCGUUAUUCUAGCCUCCACCGUUGCGUUGGCCGUUGUCGUCGCUGUAGCUAAGCGUAUAGUGUGGAGAGUACGAAGACCAAAGUGUUAUCCGAAACAGAAAAAAGUCUCGUCCGAUGUAAACUCGGUGAAGCUCACGAGUUUGAAAAUAGUUGGAGAUUGUGAAGACGCGGAAACUCCCACGACCGACGUCAGUACCCCGGAUCUACAGACUGUACGACUUGAAGUCGAGACGACUCCGAAUGCGGACAGUAGUACGGCGAAUCUAGAAGGCGAUACACUCGCAGAAAGUGAACAAGAAAAGAAACAGAUCGCGGACAUCGCUACUGACAUGCAUCCAGACUGUGACUAGUGUACUCAACAACUGCAUGGUUUCCAUGCAAAAAUAUACAUAAUAUUAUAUCUGUAUUACUACUGAAUGAUUUCUAGGUAUAUCAUACACGUGAUUAGGUAAUUUGUAUUUGUUUUGUCAACGUCUGUUCACUUUGUAUUAG